GCUCGCGGGUCUUGAAGCGUCGCAAUUCUGUUAAACGCGCGCCGCCCAGCAUGAACCGACUUCUUCUCGUCGCGUUGUUAAUAUACACCGUCUUGGCCAAGUCAUGUAUCAUUCACGACAAGAAGGGAAAACCGGACAUUCGAGUGAUCGAACUGGAGGACUCCAGCACAGACUCCAGCGAAUCAGAAAUCGUAUCUCUACAUCUCCCAGACUUCGACAGACGAAGAAGGGAGAUCGUCGAGUCGGAUAAACGGCAGGCACGUCAAUUCUGCAAAAACGAUGAUGAUUGCGGUCCGGGAGUAGUCUGUGUAGCACAUCUGUUCUGCGUAAAGGGAACGUGGCGAACUGUAGACUCUGUAGAAGCGACCACUCUCUCAACCAGUUAAAAAUUGGACGACGCAGGAAAGAGGUGACAGCGUCUCUGUGCAUGACGACAGUGUGCCGAUAAAAUUUCCCGCCUCGCCGAACAAUAAGCGCGCUCGGCAUCAAUCGAAUGAUCGAUUUCCCAUCAUCGCCAAUAUCCAGCGGAUAUCUGUUUGCUUAUCUGUACUUCGCGCGCCGAUGAAAUUUUCCCCCCGCUGUACAUCCAUCCAUUGUCCACGCAUGAAUAUAACAUAAACCCGAAAAAAAAAAUUGGACAUUUAAUGGCGACUCGGCCGCGGCCGCGGGACGCAUGUAGUAAAGCGGUUAAGUUACAUUUUACACGCGGAUUCGGAACGCUAGCGAGACGUAUACGACCGGCUUAAAAGCUCCCCGCCCCUUCCCCGCCUUCAAAUGAAAAAAAAACAAACAGUAUCGUCGGGGAAACAUAUGGCGCCGUACGAUAGGGACUCAUUAACGGCAGAGAAACGGAGCAAUGCGAGUGAGGAGCCAUAAGAAAGGAGGGUUAGCCCUCUCGUCGUCGUAAAUUUUGUGGGAACAACCGCUUUCGCCUGCAAGCUCUGCUCGCAGCCCCCCGCCCCCCCCCCCCGCAACCGCAACACCGAUCGAAACGGUGGCGCCGUCGAAAAAUCUUACUGUGCAUUAGAGAUUUACACUCGAAAUCAAUUAGCUCCUAAUUGACACGGAUGAGACCGCGCGAGCCACGCGAGUUUAUUGGAAAACCAUCGGACAUUGGCGACGCCGCCGAUCAUGGGAGCUGGUCUCGGUGUCGCUCGGGGGGAGAGAUUGUCGUCAGGCACGAGAGACAUUCGACAUAGGCGAAAACUUCUGCCGCAGCAUAAGUAGUGGAGUCUCCUAUUAUGAGACAGGCUCCUAAUACAAUAUAGCGGAGUUUCCGCUAGAUCAUCUGU